GUGUCCACCCGAGAAGCCGGCCGGCAAGCGCUUUCAUAUCCCAGCGGACCGAGCAGAUCAAGCGGAUCAUGUCGGGCCUUGCUCCGACAGCGGACAAUCGGGUUUUUGUUCUGUGCUUCCCAUCGGCUUCCCUUCCGAACAAGCGGGCUGGGAUGUUGUGGCACCGGCAGUAGAUGUCUCGUCGCAUGUUCAUAUCAGUUUCCAGGCAAAGAAACAGACCAGAUCGUGGAUCUUGCUCAACGUUUGACUUGGGGGAGAAUUGCCCAUCUCAGAAGCAGCCACAGCAUGUGUUCCGUCUGCAGCAGCCACCCGCCCGCCAGAUGUUGUCGUGGCUGUCCGUAUCGAGUCAAGAAAGGCCGAGCAGAUGCCGGACGGCGGCUUCCAAAUCGAGUGAACCAUGAGGCUCUCGUAGAUGGGGCAUGAUAAGAACUGUUGAGUUGUGGUGUUGAAGGAAGCUCGAAGCGGAUGAUGCCCCUCCACCCCACCAAAAAAGCUUAUCCUUAUCCUUAUCCUUAUCUCGUAUCGUCGCCCACCCACAGACCCGCACUAGCCCUAACUCAGCAGCCCCACUUUCUGCGUCGCCAAAAAUUUGAGUAUAUAUUCUUGGUCAGGCUGGCCAACUUCCUCCUCUUCUUUUUUUCUUCUCUAUCUACACAUCAAUGCAGUCUGUCCAAUAUUACACCGCCAAGUGGAAUUGACGACGGGUUGUAUUGGUGCGAAUGGCGGCUCCACAAUGUGGCUUGCUGAGGGUUAUUCUUAUUCUCUAUGGAUCUUCCUCCGUUCCCGGCCUCCUAAAUCGAAGUGAUCACCUUAUCCCUUUCAUUAUGGCUUUGGACUACGACCAUUCUAGGUCCGAGCUGUGGGGUGGUCUCGACAUUUCAUCACCCACAACAUGUGUAUUUUUGUGUUUGCGAAUGAUUUACCUGUCCCUGCUGUCAAGACAAGUCUAGAGUUGUUUGCUGCUGUUUGACAAGCUUGUAAAAAUUCUACGUCUGAAGCUACGGUUGUGGCCUAUUGUGUUGCUCCGAGUUUGGAAUAUGGCAUAGCAUUUCUGCGAUUGACCCAUUUUGUUGCGAGUUUGCAAUGUUUCUGAUGCUGUCAACUGCGUCAAUCGAACUGAAUCGGUUUGAAUUUGAUGUCAAGUCGUUGAUUACAGACACAACCACCAUGCUCUGUCUCACUGAUGAGCAUCAGACAAUUAGUUUUUCAGGUUCUCAAACACUGGUAGUUCACCUCAUAACACCAAUCUUGUUGACUCACUCAAGUUUGCUCUCAACCUGCCCAACAAGGUGGAUAGUUAGGGUUACUGAUGAGUGGUCGUCAAUCUCUUCCCAAGUCGCUCCUGUCUGGCACAUAUUGCUGUUACGUUACCAUGGAAGUAAGGCAAGAGCAAGGUGAUGACAGACCUUUGCUUCCACAUCCAUCAUCUCUCCAUAGAUUUCCCGUUCAGCAUUGCCUAACGCUAUCACUCGUCAAUUGACCUUUGUUCCAACUGAUCUCGAUUUUCCAUAAUAUUUAAACCUCCUGCUGAUAAGCAAACAUGAGCAGCACUUAUCCUGAGAGAUUACACCAUCGCCGCUGACAGUUAUCCCCAAACAUGAGCCAAACACCUAUGGAAUCCAUCGCAAACUAUCCAUCUCAUUUAUUACCGCAACAAGUGUGCAAUGUCCACCUCAUCUAUACCCCUAUGGGGCAGCCCGUCAUCCCCAGACAAUACAACCAAUAAUUCAUUCCCGCCCUUUAACACAUUUAUCUAAUAUCCCAUAAAAGCCCCUCCCCACAUCAUUACACGGGGCAGAUCUCAUUGAUUGCAGAGAUGCCGAAGUACAUCACAAACGCGACCUAUCCGACUUUAGCCUGUGCCUGUCCCUUUUUAUUUGUACUCUAACACCCGCCUCUUUCACCACCACUCCGCUCUCUCUCCUCACUUAGUUAUCGAUCAACAGAUCACCCAACCGCCCACUUUUGUUCUGACCCUGGAAAGUUUCCGGAGGCUGACAUCCGCAGGCUCGGGAAUAUAGCGACUAGGUUGUAUAUUCCUCGUCGGGCGCGGACCGUCGUGCCUUUUGAUAUAGGUACCAGCCGGAAUUUUAUGGUGCCGUGAAUACAUACCCGCAUGCACAUAUGAAAAUGGAUUGCGAAUAUGCGGGGGAGAAAGGGUUGGCGGUAUAUAUAAGCUUCGAGUGAAUGCCGAGUUUGUCGAUCGAUUUGUUUUUUCCCAAGCCCCUUGGCUGUUUGCGCUUGUUUUUCAACGACAAAAUGAAGACGUCGACAUUGUUGGCCGCCGCCUUUUGUGGUGUUGCUGCCGUUGAGGGUGCUGUUCUCUGGGAUGGAAGAUUCAACGACUUUACUUCCUCGGCGGAUCUGAACAAGUGGUCUUGGGCUAAUCAAGUUGGUCCUUAUCAAUACUACAUCCACGGUUCCGGGACGGUAAACCGCUACAUCAACCUCUCGCCCGACUACAAGAACCCAAACGACACUGUCUCCAAACAAGGCGCCCGGUUCACGCUCGACAGCACAGCCUACUGGAACGGCCAGACGAUGCGCCGGAUCGAGCUGAUACCCCAGACGAAAGCGGCGAUCAACCGCGGGAAGGUGUUUUACCACUUUUCGAUUUCGCGGCGGGACACCAACGCGCCGUCGGUGAACAAGGAGCAUCAGAUUUGCUUUUUUGAGUCACACUUUACAGAAUUAAAGUAUGGGUGGAUUUCGGGAGAGCAGGGGGCGGCGAACCCGGCGUUGCAGUGGAUGACGAACCAGAGGACGCAGUGGAAGUUGAGCGAGUGGAAGGCGAAUGUGUGGCAUAAUUUUGCGUACGAGAUUGAUUUCUCCGGGAACAGGGUUGGGUUGUGGUAUAGUGAGGGGGGUGCGGAUUUGAAGCAGGUGGUUGCGCCGGUGGGGGGUGUGUCGACGAGUAGUAAUGGGCAGGAUUGGCAUUUGGGGGUGUUGGAGCUGCCAAGGAGUGGGUAUCCGAACACUAAUGAGGAUUAUUACUUUUCGGGGGUGUUUAUUGAGGAUGGGGCGAUUACGACCAAGAUUGGGGGGCCGGCUUAAACGAACUUCGAAGGAGGAGAUGGGGAUGGUGGGGGAAAAAUGAGAUGAGCUUGUAUAUAUACAAGGUGUGCUUGCCGCACAAAGAAAUACAUAUACACAAACCCCCUUUCGCCUUAUCAAAUCCCCCCCUUGCAUUUUCUCCCUUCGGAAUGACUCUCUCACUUUUACAGAGUGAAAAUACUUAGACCUUUCCACCAGCACUCACAAACAGAUUCAUAAUGAUGAUCACGCCAGCAGCCCAGACAAGGGGCCGGAUGCCGGCUAGCUUCUUGUUGUCCUGGGCAACGACGUAGACAAAGUUGUAGGCGGCGCGGGAGACGACAUAGCCGAGGGUGAGGGUGUUGAGCUUGGAGACGGGGACGAUGCCCGAGGCGUUGGCUGCCACGACGGAGGCAGCGUAGAGAGAGAGGGUUUCGAAGCCGUUUGCUGUUGCGGCUUUGGCGCGG